AUGAUUAAUGAUAACGUUAUUGGCUCUAUUUACAGAAAUGAAUAAGGAUAUCAAACAAAUAAUUUAAAGAUCUAUGAAACUACUAGCCUUCCUCCAUCAUUAGGCUAUUCCUUAAUUUAAUAAUUUUCUCUAGUUAUAUAUGUCGACAUUCCUAGUUUUCCAUUUCUAUUUUCAGCUCGAGGAAAUUAUAAGUAAAACUGUAUAUAUUUAAAAUAGGGAUGACACAGCGGGAUGGGGUUUGAAUUAUGUUUAUGUUACCUCAGGAUACUGUCCUUUAUACUGCGAAGUGUGUGGGUUAUCAUUCAAAUGUAAAAUUUGCCAAAGUGGAUAUUAUCUGUAUAGGGAAAAUACUUGUAUUGCAAACUGCACUUAAUCAUAUCAAAGAAGAAUAGGUUCUUACUGUUAAGAUAUUGAUGAUGAAACACCUUGUAUCUUUUCAUUCUAUAUAUUAGACUCUUAGUAUUAAACUUAAGAUUUCCGAAAUAAUACUUUUGAUCCUGAUUACAAAACAGGGUAUACACUAAUCUCUUAAAAUGGCACUAAUUUUAUGAAAGGAUCAGAUAUCUAUUAUUCAUACUUCAAUUAACUGAGAAUCUUUGGAGGACGUUUCAUAUGGGCACAAGCUAAAUUUUAAAGGAUUCAUUAUAUAACUGAACCGCAUUACAGUAUUUCAAUAUCAUUUCAUUUACUAUAUGGUCCAGNAGUUCAGCUCUUUUUCAUAUACAUAUAAUUACAUUCCUAACACCAAUUAUAAAGUGUCAAAUGGAUUUUGUAAUAAUAUUCCUUAUGAAAUAAGAACAGUACAUUUUGCAUUUUCAACGCUGAAUUUAGAUUAUUCAAAUCUAAAGUUUACAUCAUCCAAUAAAAAUGAUGGAUAAGUCUCUAUCAGAAAUAUUUAUAUUUCUGAUCCAAAUUUAUGUUAUUAUUUAUGCAAAACAUGUACGGCAAAUAAUUACAAAUGUUUAAGUUGUUAUUAUGGAUCGCCAACAAACUCUGUAUGUCCGCCUUGCCCAUCCAAUUAAUAUUUUGAGAAAAAAUAUGGAUGUAGAAUGACCUGUAGUAUCUAUUAGUCAUUAUAUUCUAAUGGAUUUUGCAAUGAUUUUCCUAGUAUUUAUUCUAGAAUAUACUAGUUUACAAAUUUUCAGACGUUCUGAUAUCAAAUAUUAAAAAGGAAUGGUCUAUUAUAUAUGACCCACAACAUUUAGAUGCAUCACCAACUAUUCUAGAUUCUGGGAUAUACGGAAUAUUUAAAUUUAAUUCUGGUAUCUAUAAAUUUUAUGACUCAAAUUAUCAAGCCACAUAUUUAAUCGGAUUUAAAAUAGCAGUUGUAACUUAUAAUGACAUUCCAAUAAAUUGUGGUAUAUAAUUCAUGAUUAAUGAUAACGUUAUUGGCUCUAUUUACAGAAAUGAAUAAGGAUAUCAAACAAAUAAUUUAAAGAUCUAUGAAACUACUAGCCUUCCUCCAUCAUUAGGCUAUUCCUUAAUUUAAUAAUUUUCUCUAGUUAUAUAUGUCGACAUUCCUAGUUUUCCAUUUCUAUUUUCAGCUCGAGGAAAUUAUAAGUAAAACUGUAUAUAUUUAAAAUAGGGAUGACACAGCGGGAUGGGGUUUGAAUUAUGUUUAUGUUACCUCAGGAUACUGUCCUUUAUACUGCGAAGUGUGUGGGUUAUCAUUCAAAUGUAAAAUUUGCCAAAGUGGAUAUUAUCUGUAUAGGGAAAAUACUUGUAUUGCAAACUGCACUUAAUCAUAUCAAAGAAGAAUAGGUUCUUACUGUUAAGAUAUUGAUGAUGAAACACCUUGUAUCUUUUCAUUCUAUAUAUUAGACUCUUAGUAUUAAACUUAAGAUUUCCGAAAUAAUACUUUUGAUCCUGAUUACAAAACAGGGUAUACACUAAUCUCUUAAAAUGGCACUAAUUUUAUGAAAGGAUCAGAUAUCUAUUAUUCAUACUUCAAUUAACUGAGAAUCUUUGGAGGACGUUUCAUAUGGGCACAAGCUAAAUUUUAAAGGAUUCAUUAUAUAACUGAACCGCAUUACAGUAUUUCAAUAUCAUUUCAUUUACUAUAUGGUCCAGCAUUCCCUUCGGAUGGAUAAUUUAUAUAUACUAUUGAAAAUAAUCCGCCAAUUUAUAAAUCGACUACAAGUUUUUUUUCAGUAUAAGCUGAUGGUGUAAAAUUUGAUAAAGUAUAUGAAAGGGUAGAUCACUUCUCAAAUACAUUAACAAUAAGUUGGGAAUGUUUCGGUCCAAAUAAUGAACCAGUUAACGCUUAUUGUGGUUUAUUUUUUUACUACGUAGUCAUUCAUAAAUGCUUGCCCUAUUGUUUAUAAUGCUCAGAUUUAAGUUCAUGCUUAUAAUGGAGCAGCGAUUAUGAUCCAAACGUGAUCAAAUUCUCUUAAGCAGAAUGUUUAAGUAACGAAUAUUAUGAUAAAUAUACUACUGGAUGCUUGGUUUGUCCAGCAUCUUGCUUGACAUGUACAUCUAAAAUAGAUUGUUAAACGUGUUAGCCUACUUACAUAUAAUCUAAAUUAGGUUGUAUUUGUUAAUUGAAUCAAUAUGAGGAUUAAAAUCAGUGUGUAAAUUGUCCAAUUGAAUGUAGUUAAUGUUUAAGUCCAACCUACUGUUUAAAUUGUUUAGUAUCAAAUAAUCGAUAGUUAUAAAAUCAAUAGUGCAUUUGUAUUGAUGGAUACUAUCCAAUAUCUGAUAAUCCUAAAUGCCAAAGAUGUCAUUAAUUCUGUGGCACUUGCUCUGGACCUUCUUCUAAUGAUUGCUUAACUUGCAAUAAUAAUAUUGCUAAUAUUGAGAUUGUGGGAUAAACAUGUCAAUGCCCUACAGGUUACUUUUACAAAUUAGUCUCUAAAACAUGUUCUUAGUGUCAUUUUACAUGUUAAACUUGUUUUAAUGGAACUAAAGAUGGUUGUUUAUCUUGUGAUUCUAAUUUAAAUAGAAUAUUAAGAGGUUUAAAUUGUAGAUGCUAACCUGGCUAUUAUUAUUUAGAUGAAGUGUGCACUGGUAUUUAGAUAAAUAAUAAUAUUAGAUUGUCCAAUUUAAGAAGAUCCUGAUUUCUAAGCAUGUUACAAAUUUUGUCCUGGUUCUCAAUAAGUAUGGCAUACAAUUACAUGUACUUCUUGUGAUUCAGGAUUUGAACUGGUCUCUGGAUAAUGUCUACCUAUUUGCGGAGACUCAUAAAUGGUAGGAUAAGAAUAAUGUGAAGAUAAUAAUACUAUCAAGGAUGACUUAUGUUAUAAUUGUUAAUAUCAAUGUCCAGCCCAUUGUUUAACUUGUGAUGCAUCUACUACUCUACCUUGUCCUGAUAUUUGUGGAGAUAUGAUGGUCACAGGAUUAGAAGAGUGCGAAGAUGGGAAUACUAUAUAAUAUGAUGGGUGUUUUAAUUGCAUGUAUUAAUGCUAAACUUAAUGUACAAAGUGCAUUAAAGGAGAGUGUUUUGAAUGUUUAACUAAUGGAUGGCAGAUUGAUCCAACAGUUCAACCUUGGUAAUGCAAAGNUCAAAGAAGAAUAGGUUCUUACUGUUAAGAUAUUGAUGAUGAAACACCUUGUAUCUUUUCAUUCUAUAUAUUAGACUCUUAGUAUUAAACUUAAGAUUUCCGAAAUAAUACUUUUGAUCCUGAUUACAAAACAGGGUAUACACUAAUCUCUUAAAAUGGCACUAAUUUUAUGAAAGGAUCAGAUAUCUAUUAUUCAUACUUCAAUUAACUGAGAAUCUUUGGAGGACGUUUCAUAUGGGCACAAGCUAAAUUUUAAAGGAUUCAUUAUAUAACUGAACCGCAUUACAGUAUUUCAAUAUCAUUUCAUUUACUAUAUGGUCCAGCAUUCCCUUCGGAUGGAUAAUUUAUAUAUACUAUUGAAAAUAAUCCGCCAAUUUAUAAAUCGACUACAAGUUUUUUUUCAGUAUAAGCUGAUGGUGUAAAAUUUGAUAAAGUAUAUGAAAGGGUAGAUCACUUCUCAAAUACAUUAACAAUAAGUUGGGAAUGUUUCGGUCCAAAUAAUGAACCAGUUAACGCUUAUUGUGGUUUAUUUUUUUACUACGUAGUCAUUCAUAAAUGCUUGCCCUAUUGUUUAUAAUGCUCAGAUUUAAGUUCAUGCUUAUAAUGGAGCAGCGAUUAUGAUCCAAACGUGAUCAAAUUCUCUUAAGCAGAAUGUUUAAGUAACGAAUAUUAUGAUAAAUAUACUACUGGAUGCUUGGUUUGUCCAGCAUCUUGCUUGACAUGUACAUCUAAAAUAGAUUGUUAAACGUGUUAGCCUACUUACAUAUAAUCUAAAUUAGGUUGUAUUUGUUAAUUGAAUCAAUAUGAGGAUUAAAAUCAGUGUGUAAAUUGUCCAAUUGAAUGUAGUUAAUGUUUAAGUCCAACCUACUGUUUAAAUUGUUUAGUAUCAAAUAAUCGAUAGUUAUAAAAUCAAUAGUGCAUUUGUAUUGAUGGAUACUAUCCAAUAUCUGAUAAUCCUAAAUGCCAAAGAUGUCAUUAAUUCUGUGGCACUUGCUCUGGACCUUCUUCUAAUGAUUGCUUAACUUGCAAUAAUAAUAUUGCUAAUAUUGAGAUUGUGGGAUAAACAUGUCAAUGCCCUACAGGUUACUUUUACAAAUUAGUCUCUAAAACAUGUUCUUAGUGUCAUUUUACAUGUUAAACUUGUUUUAAUGGAACUAAAGAUGGUUGUUUAUCUUGUGAUUCUAAUUUAAAUAGAAUAUUAAGAGGUUUAAAUUGUAGAUGCUAACCUGGCUAUUAUUAUUUAGAUGAAGUGUGCACUGGUAUUUAGAUAAAUAAUAAUAUUAGAUUGUCCAAUUUAAGAAGAUCCUGAUUUCUAAGCAUGUUACAAAUUUUGUCCUGGUUCUCAAUAAGUAUGGCAUACAAUUACAUGUACUUCUUGUGAUUCAGGAUUUGAACUGGUCUCUGGAUAAUGUCUACCUAUUUGCGGAGACUCAUAAAUGGUAGGAUAAGAAUAAUGUGAAGAUAAUAAUACUAUCAAGGAUGACUUAUGUUAUAAUUGUUAAUAUCAAUGUCCAGCCCAUUGUUUAACUUGUGAUGCAUCUACUACUCUACCUUGUCCUGAUAUUUGUGGAGAUAUGAUGGUCACAGGAUUAGAAGAGUGCGAAGAUGGGAAUACUAUAUAAUAUGAUGGGUGUUUUAAUUGCAUGUAUUAAUGCUAAACUUAAUGUACAAAGUGCAUUAAAGGAGAGUGUUUUGAAUGUUUAACUAAUGGAUGGCAGAUUGAUCCAACAGUUCAACCUUGGUAAUGCAAAGAGAUAUGUGGAGAUUUACAAAUAGUAGGCCAAGAAUAAUGUGAUGAUGGAAAUCAGGAUGAUAAGGAUGGAUGUCAUAAUUGUAGAUAUUUCUGUAGAUUUGGGUGUUCAUCCUGUAAUUAUGCGACUAACACAUGUUUAAGAUGUGAGUUGCCCGGAUUUAAACCAGAGAAUUAUUAUUGCAAAAACGAAUGUGGUGAUAAUUUAGUUGUAACAGAUCCAAAUGGAUUCUAUUUAGAAGAAUGCGAUGAUGGCAAUACAAUUAAUUAUGAUGGGUGUAGUGACCAUUGUAAAUUUUAAUGUUAAAUACCAUCAAUUUGCAUCACUUGUGUAAAUAACAGAUGUGAAUUAUGCGCCACUGGAUAUUAACUUUCUUAUUAAAAAAUUUGUUUACCAAUUUGUGGAGAUUAGCUAAUAGUAGUUGGAGAAUCUUGCGAAAAUUCAUUUAUAUUACCGUAUAGAGGUUGUUAAAAUUGCUAAGCAAAAUGUUAAGCUUCUUGUCUUACUUGCGAUAACUUUGGACUUGGUUGUCAGAACUGUAAAGAAGGCUACAAAUUAAUUGAUAAUUUAUGUUAUUCAAUUUGUGGGGAUUAAAUAGUCACAAAAGAUGAAGAUUGUGAUGACGGUAAUUUAGUAUUUGGAGACGGAUGCCACCAAUGUUCUUAUAGUUGCCCUUAAUCUUGUUCAGAAUGUCGCAAGGGAGUUUGCUUAGAUUGCUAUGAAGACUAUUUGUAUAUAAGGGAUUCAUGCAUUAAAAAUAAAAAUGAAUAUCAAGAUGCAAGAUGUGAUUCAACCUGUCUGAGCUGCAGUAUCUAAGGACAUGGCUGUUUGCUGUGUAAGAGCGGAUUCUAAAUUAUUGAUAAUAAAUGUCGGCCUAUCUGUGGAGAUGGGCUUGUACUUGCCGAUGAGGAUUGUGAUGACGGUAAUUCAAUAUUUGGAGAUGGAUGCCAUUAAUGUUCUUAUAGUUGCCCGACAUCUUGUUCUUUAUGUAGAAAGGGAGUUUGCUAUAAUUGUUAUGAAGGCUAUUAGUAUAUUAAGAAUUAAUGCGUUAAAAAUACAAGUGAAUACCAAGAUACAAGAUGUGAUUCAUCAUGCUCGAGCUGCAGUAUUGAAGGAUAUGGUUGUUUAGUUUGUAAGAGUGGAUUCUAAAAUAUUAGUAAUAAAUGCCAACCUAUCUGUGGAGAUGGGCUUGUACUUGCUGAUGAGGAUUGUGAUGAUGGCAAUUUAACAUUUGAGGAUGGAUGUCAUCAAUGUUCUUUUAGUUGCCCUCUAUCUUGCAUAGAUUGUCAUCAGGGUGUUUGUUUAAAUUGAGCAGAUGAAAAUUUUUAUUAUGAACAUUAAUGCUUUGAGUUACUGGAG